AUGGAUACAAACAGUAACUGUUCAGGCCAACCUUGGGGAGAAGAUUUACUUGCGUUCGUCCAGCAGGAAUCAAUCUAUUCACAUCUGGACGUUUCUACAGAAAACGCCCCUGUCUUCGCCGCCCUCGUAGCGGCUCUAUGCCUACACUUUGCAUCUUCAAAGUCUACUAACUUUUUGAUCUCACCUGCAUUAGAAUCAGCAGCCAACCCAAACAAAACCUUAGGAGUAGCGUUAACAGUAUUAGAUGCUCAGACCGACAGUUCAUCCGUUGUAAAAAAUAUAGCUUUACCUGAAGAUAGUAACGCAGAGAAUACGCUUCAAAAACGAAACGAUAUUGAACUUGACCAAAAGACCGCAGAAGGAAUUACUCACCAUCACUACCAUUCAGGCCAUGUAGACCACGUCCAUAAACAUAAGGGUCAUGCAGAGCAUGAUCACAAACAUCAUGGUCAUCAUGAACACGGGCACAAGCAUCAUGGAGAUUUUGGACACGGUCAUAAACAUCAUGGUGAAUUUGGUCACGGACACAAACAUCAUGGUCAUGCCGAGCAUGGGCACAAACAUCAUGGUCACUAUGAACAUGGCCACAAGCACCACGGACAUGCUGAGCACGGUCAUAAACAUCAUGGUGAUUUUGGUCAUGGACACAAACACCACGGUGAAUUUGGGCAUGGGCACAAACAUCAUGGCCAUGCUGAACACGACCACAAACAUCAUGGACACGCAGAACAUGGUCAUCAUCAUCAUGGAGAUUUCGGACAUGGCCACAAACAUCACGGAGACUUUGGACACGGCCACAAACACCACGGUGAAUUUGGUCAUGGUCAUAAGCACCACGGACAUGCCGAGCAUGGUCAUCAUCACCAUGGAGACUUCGGGCACGGACAUAAGCAUCAUGGUGAUUUCGGUCAUGGACACAAACAUCAUGGAGAUUUCGGACAUGGUCACAAACACCACGGACAUGCCGAGCAUGGUCAUCAUCACCACGGAGAUUUCGGUCACGGUCAUAAACAUCAUGGUGAUUUUGGUCAUGGGCACAAACAUCACGGGGAUUUCGGACAUGGUCACAAACAUCACGGUCAUGCGGACCACGGACACCAUCAUCACGGUGACUUUGGUCAUGGUCACAAGCAUCAUGGUGAUUUUGGUCAUGGACAUAAACACCACGGCCAUGCAGACCAUGGUCAUCACCACCAUGGAGAUUUUGGUCAUGGGCAUAAACACCAUGGUCACGCAGACCAUGGACAUCACCAUCACGGAGAUUUUGGACAUGGUCACAAGCACCAUGGAGAUUUCGGACACGGACAUAAACACCAUGGCCAUGCAGAUCAUGGACAUCACCACCAUGGAGAUUUUGGACAUGGGCAUAAACAUCAUGGACACGCAGAUCAUGGGCAUCACCAUCAUGGAGAUUUUGGCCAUGGUCAUGACCAUCAUGGUCAUGCCAAGCAUUCUCAUGGCCACCAUGGACACGCGGAACAUGGACAUAAACAUAAAGCGUAA